AUGCAGCCAGCCCGGCUGGGCAACCAAGACCUUCAUCUUUAUUUGCUGCAGGCUAUUUUCAAAAUGAUCAGUCCCGAGGACGCGAAGAACCUUCCAGAGGAUGAAAACACCCCAGAGAAGCGAACCGAGAAGAUCUGGGGGUUCUUUGGAAAGAAAGAUGAUGACAAACUCACGGAGGAAGAGUUCAUCGAGGGGACCCUGGCCAAUAAGGAAAUCCUGCGACUGAUCCAAUUUGAGCCUCAAAAAGUGAAGGAAAAGUUAAAGGAGAAGAAACCCUGAUGCCAACUGCGCAGCCCUGUCCCCCUCACCCCUUCCCCCGCCGCGCACAGAAACCCGGGCAUGCGCACACCUCCCCAGGGGCCAAGGGGGUUCCCCAGGCCUUAGCAUCCCUCCCAUUCCUCCCAGCCACCUCCUCUCCCUUGCCCGCCC